GGUUACAUAUUUUAAGCCAAAAGGCCUCAGUCUCCUUGGACAAGAGUUGCGUUUCCAGCACAGACAAAACACUAGGACAUCUUAAAUUCACCAGAUUGCUGCAGUUUUCUGAAUGGUUUUUUUCUGGAAGGCCUGCAAGGUCUUUGGAAACGGUCCGAACGCUCAUCUGGGUUACUGGGACCUACCACAAUGGCAACUGGUCUGGCCAAUGUAGGAAACUCAUUUGGAGGUCCAUCUAAUUCUCUGGUUUCUAGAUCGAAGUUCCAGAAUACCUCUGUAGAAGACGAUGACGAUGUUGUGUUUGUCGAACCUGUACAGCCGCCUCAGACUCCUGCUCCAUUAAUAACAGAUUCUAGAAAUGUUGCUUUCAGUUCACCAACUAAUGAAGAUCAUCAUGGAAAUGACCCCAAAGUAGCAACUCCUUCAAAAGACUUGAGCUCUCAGAAGGGAAGUAUAACUGAGACUAUUAUUAUCGAUGAUGAAGAAGAUAUGGAAACAAGUCAGGGGCUAGAGAAAAAUGAUUCCAGUUUCAGUGAACGAAGAUUUCCAGAGUGUAAAAACAGAACCAGUGAGAUGGAAUUCUCAACGCCCAGUUUUUCAAGAAGUAAGACCAAGACUGGUGUAGGACCUUUCAAUCCUGGUAGAAUGAGCGUAGCUGGAGAUGUCUUUCAGAAUGGAGAAUCUGCGACUCAUCACAACCCUGAUUCCUGGAUAUCUCAGUCAGCUUCAUUUCCUAGGAAUCAGAAGCAACCAGGUGUGGAUUCUCUGUCACCGGUGGCCUCCCUUCCUAAACAGGUCUUCCAGCCUCCUGCUCAGCAGCAGCCUUCUAAGCAGGUUAAAGUGACAUGUGCUAACUGCAAAAAGCCUUUGCAGAAGGGUCAGACCGCCUUUCAGCGGAAAGGAUCGAUUCACCUUUUUUGCUCCACUACUUGCCUUUCAUCAUUCUCGCAUAAACCGGCUCCAAAGAAACUCUGUGUUAUGUGCAAAAAAGAUAUAACAACAAUGAAAGGUACCAUUGUUGCUCAGGUUGAUUCAAGUGAGUCCUUCCAGGAGUUUUGCAGUACAUCAUGCUUGUCCUUCUAUGAAGACAAACAGAAUCCCUCGAAAGGAAUCUUAAAUAAGUCAAGAUGCACAAUCUGUGGUAAACUAACAGAGAUCCGUCACGAAGUUAGCUUUAAAAAUAUGACACACAAGCUGUGUAGUGACCACUGCUUCAACCGAUACCGAAUGGCAAAUGGUUUAAUAAUGAAUUGUUGUGAGCAUUGUGGGGAAUACCUACCUAGUAAAGGUGCAGCAAACAAUAUCCUUAUGGUUGACGGAGAGCCGAAAAGGUUCUGCUGCCAAAACUGUGUUGGUGAAUAUAAACAGAAAUAUGGCAAAUUAACAGCUUGUACUGGUUGCAAAACUCAGUGCAGGUUUUUUGACAUGACACAGUGCAUAGGACCUAAUGGACAUAUGGAGCCAUACUGCUCAACCUCAUGCAUGAACACACACAAAUCAAAAUAUGCAAAAUCACAAAGUAUGGGAAUUGUUUGCCACUUUUGUAAGCGAAACUCUUUACCUCAGUAUCAAGCCACAAUGCCUGAUGGGAUACUGUACAACUUUUGCAGCUCCAGUUGUGUAGCUAAAUUUCAGACUCUUAGUGUACAGUCUUCCACAAAUGGCCAGUUUGCGGCUCCAAGUGAUAUUCAGCUGAAAUGCAAUUAUUGCAAAAAUACUUUCUGCUCAAAGCCUGAAGUACUGGAAUGGGAAAACAAAGUAUAUCAGUUCUGCAGUAAAACUUGUUCUGAUGACUAUAAGAAGCUUCAUUGCAUAGUAACCUACUGUGAAUACUGUCAAGAGGAGAAAACCCUACAUGAAACAGUGAAAUUUUCUGGGAUCAAGAGACCAUUCUGCAGUGAAGGUUGCAAGCUGCUGUAUAAACAAGAUUUUGCAAGACGGUUAGGACUGAGAUGUGUUACUUGCAACUAUUGUUCUCAGCUGUGUAAAAAGGGAGCAAGUAAGGAACUUGAUGGAGUAAUGAGAGAUUUUUGUACUGAAGAGUGUUGCAAAAAAUUUCAAGACUGGUACUACAAGGCAGCAAGGUGCGACUGUUGUAAAACACAAGGAACUCUUAAAGAGAAAGUUCAGUGGAGAGGGGAGAUGAAACAUUUCUGUGACCAGCACUGCCUCCUCCGUUUCUACUGUCAACAAAACGAACCCAACAUGGCAACACAGAAAGGACCAGAAAACCUACAAUACGAUCAGGGCUGCCAGACUCCCCGAACGAAAGUCACAGGAUCCGCACCACCUCCUUCCCCAACACCAAAUAAAGAAAUGAAGAACAAAGCGGUUCUUUGCAAGCCCCUGACAAUGACGAAAGCCACAUUCUGUAAACCCCACAUGCAGACAAAAGCUUGUCAGACAGAUGAUGGUUGGGAAAAAGAAUAUGUCCCUUUCCCUGUUCCAGUACCUGUAUAUGUACCAGUCCCUAUGCACAUGUACAGUCAAAAUGUUCCAGUUGCUACAACUGUUCCUGUUCCAGUACCAGUUCCAGUUUUCCUGCCCACCACAUUGGAUAGCAAUGAGAAGAUACUUGAAGCAAUAGAAGAGCUAAAGAAUAAAAUCCCUUUCAGCCCUGAGGAAAUUAAAGAUUCACCGAUUGCUGCAGUAGAAGAGAUGCCUGGAAAAGAUGAUAAUGCAGAAACUGUAGAGCUCAAAAGUGUAAUAACUGAGGCAGAAUUGCUUAACUCUGAGACUGAAACGCAGAGCAACCUGCCAGAUAUUCCGUAUGAACCAGACCUUGAUAUUGAGGUUGAUUUUCCCAGAGCAACAGAGGAACUUGAUACAGAAAGUGAAUUUUUGCUGCUGCCCGUCUUUGGAGAGGAGUACGAGGAACAGCCAAGACCUCGAACUAAAAAGAAGGGAGCGAAGAGAAAAGCAGUGUCAGAGUACCACUCUCAGGAUGAUAGCUCUGAGAAUUCAGAGUGCAGUUUUCCCUUCAAGUAUGCGUAUGGUGUAAAUGCAUGGAAACACUGGGUAAAAACUAGGAAUCUAGAUGAAGAUCUACCAGUAUUAGAUGAGCUGAAAUCAACAAAGGCAGUGAAAUUAAAAGAAGAUAUUGAAUCACAUACUCCAACUGAGCUAAACUUUGGAUUGGCACACUUUGUUAAUGAAGUCCGAAGACCAAAUGGAGAAAACUAUGCACCUGACAGCAUCUAUUAUCUGUGUCUUGGGAUUCAGGAGUAUCUCAAUGGAAGCAAUAGAAAAGAUAAUAUCUUUAUGGAUCCAAAUUAUCAUACAUUUGAGCAGGAAUUAAAUAAAGUACUUAGAAGCUGGCAACCAAGCAUACUUCCAGAUGGUUCAGUAUUUUCUCGGGUUGAAGAAGACUACCUCUGGAGGAUAAAACAGCUAGGAUCCCACUCUCCAGUUGCUCUUCUGCAUACACUCUUCUACUUUAACACCAAGUAUUUUGGCCUGAAAACAGUGGAGCAGCACUUAAGACUUUCCUUUGGCACCAUUUAUAGGCAUUGGAAGAAAAACCCUCUAACAAUGGAAAGCAAAGCUUGUCUUGGAUAUCAGGUUUCCUCUCUGUGUGGAACAGAUAAUGAAGAAGAUAAAAUUGUCACUGGAAAGAGGAAGCAUGAAGAUGAUGAGCCAAUGUUUGAACAAAUUGAAAAUACAGCAGAUCCCUCUAGAUGUCCUGUGAAAAUGUUUGAAUGCUAUUUAUCUAAGAGCCCACCGAACCUCAGUCAGAGAACGGAUGUGUUCUAUUUGCAACCAGCCUGCCCUGAUUCCUCAGAUGGCCCACUCUGGUACACCUCCGCUUCAUUGGACCGCAAUACUUUGGAAAAUAUGCUUGUACGGGUUCUUUUAGUAAAAGAUAUUUAUGAUAAAGACAAUUAUGAACUGGACGAAGACAUGGAUUAAACUCUUCCCGAAACCAUUAGUGGAGGGGAAAAUACACACACUCACAACAGCAUUAGAUAGUCAAGCUGCUAGACUUUUAUUAUGGAAAGAAGAAAACAUUUCAAGUUUACUCUUUGUUUUAACACGUUUUGUAGCAGUGUGCCCUCAGAUGGGUACUACCAUGUAAAUAACCUGUCAGCGCGGAAGUGGCCAUUAUUCUACAUAGUGGUUUUAGAAUACUUAACAAACACAUUCGUUGUUUUUUUAAUUAUUAUUUAUUUGGUUAGGUAUGUUUAACUUUUUACAUUGCGAGAUUUGAAUGAGAAUGUGCCAUGUGUAAUUUGGGGUUGGGUGGGGGGUCAUAGUAAGCAACGUCCCUUUUGCACAGCUUCCCUGAAAGAGGCGUCUGGGCUUUUACUGGGUUCUGAAGCCAGGUAGUUGUGUAUGGAUAGCACUACUAAAGUUUAGAACUUGUUGUGUCUUUUCAGAAUUUUUUAAAGAAAUUGUAAACUAAUAGGUUUUUUACUCUUAGUUACUGAAGCCUUAUGAGGUUAUGUAGAGAGAGGGUUCCAUCUUAUGUACCAAAAAAUAGACAAACGAGAAUGCUGUUGAUAUUGAUGUACUGUGAUGUGGAUCUAUACUGGUGAACAGAACUUCU